AUGGAAGAUAAAUCGCGUAAAAGUAUGCAAACUAAACUGCAAAUGAUGUCUCAAUACCGCAAGGAGGGAAAACGGGCAAGUGUACCYAAACUUGCACAGAAGCCGGAAGACCCCUUAUCGAAUGCUAAGCGUUAUGUCCGUGAAACAGCGAGUAUGUUGUUCCUCAAGAAUGAGUUGGAAGUCAUUGAGGACACCAUAAAACAAGUAAAAUUUGCAACGCUUUGUUCACAAGCCAAAGAGAUUUACCCAAGGAUAAAAUCACAAGUGGAGAAUAACUUCAAGUUGAAUAAAAUGAUCGAGAACGAUAUGCUUGGGCAUCAAACGCUGGAAACAAAGAUGAAGCGUGCUGAGGUGUUGGAGGGCAUUUUGGUCAAUAAUUUGUCGGAGCAGGAGAUUGAGCGACUCGAUCGCAUACAGGAACUUAAAGACGCCAUUAAAGAGGAGGAUAAAGAAGAAGAGAAAUUGAUUGCGUACAUCAAAAAUCGUGCCGAUGCAUAUGUGAUGCUGCGCUUCUCGUUGUGGAACUUGAGCGAGAUACUCCGCCAUGUCGAUCGCCCUGAUAAGCCUUCGCGUAUAAAAUAUCCCAAUUCGUAUUUACGCUUACCGCUGUUGAAGUUCGAGAUGUUAACCAUGCGCGCUUGUCCCCCCGAGCAUUAUGAGGAGAAUAUUGAUACAAUUAUGCAUUCGGUUAUUCGCAAGGUGUAUAAGUUAAUGCGCGCCUACAAAGAGGAGGUUCCAGCUGCCACAAUGGAGCGCUACGUUGAUAGCUACCAGAAUGAGUUCCUCGAUAGCAUGGAAAUCGAAGAUGCCGGUGAUAGCAACGAGGUGCAAGAGCAGGAAGAAGAGGAAGAUCUAUUGCAGGAAUCGAAACCUUUGCAAAAUGUGCCCAAUCGCAAGCAGAUCAAAGCACAGAGUGCAAAACUGGUCGAAGAGCUCUCUAAAAAGGAAGAUUAAAUUUGUGUUCUUUUAUGGAUUGUUGGUCUUUCCAAAUUGUGUGUACAAAAAUAUAUUUGGUAAAAUUUGUAGUAGAAUUUAUA